AUGUUUUCACUGAAAUUUGUUAUAUCAAUAUUGGUAUGUCAUAUGGCAAUCAUAAACCUGGCAUCAGGUGUUGUGCUCAGGGGUAUCACUAUAAGGAAGUGGCCAUACGCCAACCAACUGGCCAAUGGACAGUUUGAGGGCUUCUGUAUCGAAUUGCUCAAUGAGAUUGCGGCCAUCACCCGACUGGCCUAUACAUUAGAGUUGGCCACUGGAAAUAAGGUGGGUGCCUUGCAUUCAAAUGGCACCAUUGAUGGCAUGAUUGGUCAGAUCUAUAGAAAUGAAACCGACUUUGCAAUUGCCGACAUACCAGUGCUUACACAACAUGAACGGCUCAUUGACUAUAGCUAUCCGUUCAUAAAGUUCGGGUUGAGUGCACUGAUCCGUAAAGACAUUGUCGGCCGUAUGAAAACAUUUGACGAUUUGGCCCAUCAGUCGCGCGUCGACUAUGGAGUGAAAAAAUACGGCUCACAUUUGCCGCUCAUUCAUCCGAGUUAUGUGGUCAGCAAAAUGUACGACUAUUGGGAUUAUAAUCCUAAUAGUUAUACGUUUGGCAGCGAUGAUGACGGUGUCAAACGAGUCAAGACAUCCAACUAUGCCUUCAUUACAGAUCAUCCGUUUAAUGAGUAUGUCGUCCAACGCGACUGUGAAUUGACUAUCAUCGAGGACAGGGUUAAGUAUUUUGAGUUUGGUUAUGCCAUUGCAAUGAGGAAAGGGUUUCCAUUCAAGAAUGUCGUUACCAAUGCUAUCAAACACUUGGAAAGCAUCGGAAAGUUAGCCAAAUUGAAGGACAAGUACUGGAAAACUGAUAAAUGUAAAAAUGAUUGGACUCAAAGUAAAGGGUUUGGUACUAAACGAGAUGAGUAUUAUUUGUCCGACAUUAGGAAUCACAUGAGAGGUAGGUCGACACRCUUGAGGACAGGAUCAGUACCCAAGCGUUUAGAUAGUACACGGAAACUGUGGCGUGAUGUCGGAAUAGGAUAUCCACUACAAACAAUUGAAACACUUUGUCGAGCAUCUGAUCCCAAAUACAGAUUGGAUAAUGAUAUUGUGGUCAGUGGUAUGAGUGGCCGAUAUCCCGAUUCCGAUUCGACCGAUGAGUUUGCUAAUAAUCUAUACAAUAGUGUUGAUAUGAUUACCGCCGAUGACAGACGUUGGCCGACAGACUUGUGGAAUAUGAAUCCCCGAAUGGGUAAACUUAAACACAUCGAUAAGUUUGACCACCAGUUCUUUGGUCUGACCAAAACUAUGAGCGGAAGUACUGAUCCACAGUCGAGGAUUGCUGUGGAGACAGCAUAUGAAGCCAUCAUUGAUGCUGGUAUAAAUCCACAAUCACUUCGUGGCUCAAAYACUGGUGUUUAUAUCGGCUACUCGUCGUUCGGUAUGCCCGACGGUCURCCGGAAAACGUUCAGCCGGACUGCGAGGCAAUUAUGGCCAACACYUUACUAUGGCUUCCCGGCGCUCAAAAGUGUUUGUACGCCAACCGUAUAUCAUAUGUGUUCGACUUUAAGGGUCCGUCGAUGAUCAUCGACACGGCCUGUUCAUCGAGUUUAGUGGCAUUCAAUACGGCUGUCAAUGAUUUGAGAUUAGGAAAGUGCGAUCAGGCUAUUGUUGGCGGCACUCAGGUAUGUUUGCAGCCAUUUUCAAAUCACAUAUUUCAAUCAUUGAGAAUGAACGCACCGGACGGCAUACCUAAGGUAUGGGACGAAAAAGCUGACGGAUUUGUUAGGGGAGAGACUGUCUGUUGCUUUUUCUUACAACGAAAGUCUGACUCAAAGCGCAUUUAUGCCACUAUUUUGAACAGUGGUGUCAACAUUGAUGGCUAUAAGAAGAGCGGUAUGUUUUUUCCGUCAUCCGAGAGUCAGGAAGAGCUCAUGACUCGUGUCUACAAAGAGGCUAAUAUUAAUCCAUUGGAUGUCAACUAUUUUGAGGCGCACGCGACCGGCACUAAGGUCGGUGACCCUCAAGAAGCUCAGGCCAUUUACAAUGCCUACUGCGGUAAACCUAAACGAGAGGGAGUACUACCAGUUGGCUUAUUAAAGAGCAAUAUCGGUCACGCGGAGGGCGCCUCMGGGGUUUCAUCUGUUACCAAAUUAUUGCUCGCCUAUGAAAAUGAAUGCAUUGCUCCGAGUCUUCAUUUGAAUACAAUUAAAGCUUCAAUAAAGGAGUUGUGUCCACCAUUACUACCGGUCACUGAAAAUAUGAAAUACACACCGGGCAUUGCUGGUGUCAAUAACUUUGGUGUGGGCGGUGUUAACGCAACAGUAUUAUUUGAGCCCAACUAUAAAGUGGCCGAUGAGGACAGUCUUAAGAUUGCUGACACUAUACCCAGAAUUAUCAACAUAUGCUGCAGAACUGAGACGACAUUAAAUGAAUAUUUCAAAUGGAUUGAAGACAACCCCCAGAAAGUCACCCGUGAUUUGUUGGCACUGUUGACCGAUAUUAUGCGAGUUGAACCAGAUAUUAAUUCAACGGGAUUUCCAUAUAGAGGCUCAAUAAUUAUUAAGAAAACUUGUGAUAAUAAGUAUGAMUAUAAGAAACAGUGGUCACUGUUUACAUUAAAAUCAAAACGACCCAUAUAUUUCCUAUUUCCUGGACUGGGAGGUCAAUGGGUAGGUAUGGCUAAGGCAUUGAUGCCAAUCAAGAUAUUUGCCGAUAAAAUAGAGGAAUGCCAUGAAAUACUCAAACCCUAUGACAUUGACUUAAAACAUCUGUUAUUAUCUGAUGACAACAACUCUAUGAACUCAAUGACCAAUAAAUUCUGUGCCACAACUGCUAUAGAGAUUGCAUUGUUUGAUGUGAUUAAUGCUUUGGAUAUAACACCCGACGGUAUUAUUGGACACUCAUUCGGUGAAAUAGCCGCUGCCUAUGCUGACGGAGCACUGACUGCUAAAGAGGCACUUUUGGUAACAUAUUAUAGAGGAGUUGUGACAGAAAGUGAUAAAAAGAUACCAAAGGGACUGAUGGCUGUGGUAGGGAUGUCAUGGAGUGAGGCAAAGAAAAUCUGUCCGAAAGGCGUGUCUGUUGUGUGUAACAAUGGUAAAGACACUGUUGUCAUAUCAGGUUUAUACAAAGAGACGAAACAAGUUGUCGACAAUUUGGCUAAAAARGCAGUAUUUGUACGUGAAUUGCAAAGUCAUGACAUCCCAUAUCAUAGCGAAUAUCUUAAGUCAUCAGCCGAUAGACUAACUCAACAACUAAGGAAAGUGGUUCCCAAUCCUAAACCGCGAUCAAAAAAGUGGAUCUCAACAGCACUUCUUGACUCUGAUCUCGAUGACGCACUUAAGAGUGCUUCGGCCGAGUAUUUCGUUCAUAACCUCAUUAGUCCCGUAUAUUUCUAUAAUAAAUUCAAGAAUAUUCCCUCCGAUGCUAUUGUUCUGGAGAUCGGACCGCACGGACUCUUCUCCAAAGCAGUUAAAGAAACUCUUGAAUCGGGAACUUAUGUAUCACUUAUGAGAAAAGACUCCAACGAUACAAAUCUCGAUAUGUUAUUGACAUCUUUAGCAAAACUUUAUGAAUUGGGUUUUAAUACAAAGAUUGAAUCUCUUUACCCGAAAGUUGAGUGGCCAGUGGCCCGAAACACACAAUCUAUCAGUUCAUUGAUGAAAUGGGAUCAUACGUACAGUCAUGAAGUGAGAUUAUGUCCCGACUAUUUCUUUAAGUCGACCGCUGCGGACAUGAAUUUUAUAUAUAAUCCGCAACAAAAUUUACAAAACUUUUAUCCGGAUCAUUGCAUUGAUGGCAAUGUAUUAUUUCCGGCAACUGGUUAUCUAAUGCUAGCGUGGCGUCGUAUGGCCGCACAGUUUGGCAAAUUAUGGAACCAAUUGCCGGUCAUCUUCGAGGACGUCCAGUUUCGGCGACCAAUUUUCUUGGCUGACACUGAAACCACAAAAAUUAUUAUUCAAUAUUUUGAAAAAACUGAUGAGUUCGUUAUCUUAGAGAGUGGUAACACGUGUUGUGUGGGAAAAAUUCGCACUUCAGAUGAAUACUCGUUGAGUCUGCAAAAUGUGUUGAUUGAGGCCGAAGAGGUCAGGGAUAAGGAGUUUGCGGUUACACUCACUGCUAAUGACAUCUAUAAAGAUAUGAAAGUCUUGGCCUACGAUUACAAACCAAAGUUUAGAAGAAUUCAAAAAAUGAAAACCAAUAACUUUGAACACAUCUAUGGAGAGAUCAGUUGGGAUGGAAAUUGGAUUACAUUUAUGGACUCAUUGUUUCAAACUAUGGCUGCCGCCAACUCUUUCCGCAAAAUGAUGGUUCCGGUGAUGAUUAAGUCAUUGCGUUGCGAUCCUAAAGCACUUUUUGAUGGUGUGGCUAAACAUAGACAACAAUUAGUCAAAGAAAAUGCCAAUAUUGAAGAACAGAUGACUGAAACAAAUCUCGAUAAUGUCUUAGAAAAUGAGAUAAAUGCAGACAAAGUGGAGGUCGAGGGUCUACUCAAUACUGAUCACACCGACUAUAUGGAAGAGUAUUUAGGAAAAGACUAUCAUAUCUAUCCAUCAAUUGUUCCAUAUUAUGUCGAUUUAACCACAAGAAUGGUUGUCACAUAUGGCGUAGAAAUUGAAGAACUGAUGGCUCUUCCUAUUCCUCAUAGAUCUCAAACACAAGACAUUAAAUUAGAGUCCUAUCAAUUCGUGCCAAAUGAUAAUAACAUUGCCAUCGAUGAGAGUGAUAAACAAUCUGUUAGAGAGUAUAUUAAAGUUUGUUCAUCACUUGCCAACCAAAUUAAGCAAACAAUCGGAUCUAAUAAUGAAAAACAAGAAACAAAUAUAAAUAAGGAUUUGUUAGAUAAGUAUUUAUCAAAUAUGAAAGACAAUCAUAUUAUGCUUAAAACACUCAACGAGUUAUAUAAGGGAUGUUUGGAUGAAAAUUGUAAUAUCGAUACAAAUGAAGUGUUAACUGAAUUGCAAAACAAUAAAGAAUACGACAUGUCUUUGGAUGUCAUCAAUGAUAUCUCGAAGAAUGAACAUUUGAUUCGUGCUUUUGUUGAUAUUGUCAGUGAAAGUAUUGUACCGAARAAAGAGAUAAAUGUCGUGGAAAUAAAUUUAUCACGAAAUUUAUUGGUUGAAAAAAUCGACAACCAAUUGGCCACUUCUCAUAUUUAUCCCAUUGAUGUCAACUAUACAGUCGCUGUUCAAUCAGCAGACAAUAUAAGUGAAGAACUUAAGAAAGAGUGUGCAAUGAAAGUGAUUGAUUGGAAUUACAAGAAAUCAGUGUUUCCUCGAGAGAUCAGUUCAACCAAUUUGAUUGUCUUCAAUGAUUCACUAGAGUUAUGGGAAAUAGACUGCGAAAAUCAGAUUCAAGAUAUGUAUGAUGUUAUCACUGAUAAAGGUUUCCUAUUGUGUGUCUUUAAGUAUCAAUUCACUGAACCGGAACUGAUCUUAAAGCAAAUUAAUGGUAAGAAAAUGUUACAAAAUAUCGAUUUAGAAAAACGUAUCAAUGAUUUCAUUAAAAUCGCUCAAUCGGUUGGUUUCAAUAUAAUUGGUCGCAAAUGCGAUACAAUUGGAUCAAUGGCUGUGUUGUUUAGAAAAUUAUUUAAUGAACCAAAAGUUCCCAAAAAUGAUUUUAUUAUUGAAAUCAAUUCAAAUACAGAGAAGUGGUUUGAAAAUCUAAAAACAAAAUUAGUUGAAAUCAAAGAAAGUGAAUCAAAUGACGAUAACCUUUGGCUAAUAGCCAGCAAAUCGCCAAACAAUGGUAUCGUUGGUCUCGUUAAUUGUCUUCGUCUGGAACCGGGAGGUGAUAGGCUUCGAUGUCUUUUUGAUUACAACCAUUUGGCCAAUUCUGUCAACUUUCAAGAGAAMCCGUUUUCUGAUAUUUUAUCAAAUGAUUUGCCAAUAAAUGUGCUAAAACACGGAAAGGUUGGCACUUAUAGACACUUGAAUUUCAAUAAAGACAACGGAAAAGUAGUAUCCAAUGAGUAUUACUUAAAUGUGGCACAAAAUCGUGAUUUGGGAUCAAUUCAAUUGUAUGACAUGAAACAGUUGGUCGCACCCAAAGUCAGCUACAAUAUAAUGAACAACUCACUGACAAAUGUUUGCUGUAAUAUUUAUARCACUGGUAUGAACUUCAGGGAUGUUAUGGUCGCUACAGGACGGGUAUCUUCUGGACCGCAGAUGUUGUUCACUGAUUGUUGCAUUGGAUUGGAGUUUGCCGGCCGUCGUGUGGACACUGGAGAAAGGGUUUGUGGUGUUUCCACUCGUUGUUUUGCCACAUCUAUCGAUAUCGCCGAAGAUUAUAUAACUCGUAUCCCUGACCACUGGUCAAUGGAUGACGCGGCAACCAUUUUGUCCACAUACAGCACAUUAUGGUACGGACUCAUUGAAAGAGCUAAUUUGAAGAAAGGAGAGUCCGUUUUGAUACAUUCAGGUGCUGGAGGUGUGGGACAGUCGGCAAUUAGUAUCUGUCAAUACUAUGGCUGCGAUAUAUUUGUUACGGUUGGAACUGACGACAAACGAAAGUUUUUGAUUGAAACGUUUAAUAUACCGGAAAACAGAAUAUUCAGUUCAAGAAAUACUCAAUUUAAGUACAAAAUCAAAGAAUUGACAAAAGGAAAGGGAGUAAACAUUGUCAUCAACUCAUUGACUGGCGAUAAAUUGGAGGCCAGCUAUGACUGUGUCGCCGAUAGCGGAAGAUUCAUAGAGAUAGGCAAAUAUGAUCUUCAAAUGAAUAAACAAUUGGGAAUGUUUUCAUUUCUAAGAGAUAUAUCAUUUAUUGGUGUAUCCAUUGAUAGACCAAUGUUUACACAACACGGCUUUUUGAAGAUGUUUUUUGAUUGGUUGCACCAAAACGCCAACAAUGGUAUGAUAAGACCCGUCACUAAAAACAUUUUUUCGAUAGAAGAGGCAGAAAAGGCAUUCCGUUUUAUGACUACAGGUAAACAUAUGGGAAAAAUAAUUAUUAAGAUUAGAGACGAAGAAAACAACUUAAUUGUGAAAGAAGGAUACAAUCUUCCGAAGAGUCUAUUGGUUACGAAAAAGACUUAUUUUAAUCCAAACAAAACUUAUAUCAUUACCGGAGGUUUGGGUGGCUUUGGUCUUGAGUUAGUUCAUUGGAUGUUGUUUUUAGGCGCUCACAAGUUUGUAUUGACAUCAAGAUAUGGCGUCAAAACUGAUUACCAAAAGUUUGUUUUGGAAAGACUGAAAGCAUUAGGAAAUCAGUUUAAAUUAUUUGAUACACAGAUUGUUGUGUCAACUCAUGACACUAAUACUAUUGAAGGCACUAAACAAUUGAUAGAUGAAUCACAAAAAUUGGGACCAAUUGGCGGUGUCUUUCACUUAUCUCUCGUACUCAACGACUGUCUUCUCGAAAACCAUACUUUUGAUAAAUUUCAGGAAACUAUUGAUUCCAAGACUAAGGCUUUUGAGAACUUGGAUCGCAUUUCACGUGAAUUGAGUAUAGAUUUAGACUAUUUUGUUGUCUUCUCAUCCGUCGCUUGUGGUAAAGGAAAUGCCGGACAAUCCAACUAUGGAUACGCAAACUCUGUCUGUGAGCGUAUCUGCGAGUCUCGACGUAGAGAUGGACUGCACGGUCUGGCCAUUCAAUGGGGACCUAUCGGUGAUGUCGGUGUGUUGGCUGACUCUGAUAUCAACACUACUUUGGCUGCUGUCGUCAAACAGAGAUUGUAUUCCUGUAUGGAAACUAUGGAUAAGUUGCUUCAAUCAGAUAGAGCUGUAGUCUCAUGUCUAGUGAGAGCCAAGAGAACCAUAACAUCGGGAAGUAAAGAAUCAAAACUUGUUCAACAAGUUUGGAUAGCUUUAGGUAUCGAUCCCAAGACUACUCCCAAUCACUUGACAUUAGGUGAGAUCGGUAUGGAGUCUAUGUUUGCAGUGGAACUACAACAGGGAAUGGAAAGAGAGUAUAAUAUAAAAGUCACUUUGAAUGACAUCAAGAAUAUCACAAUAGGAAUGAUGAAAGAGUUUGAAAACGGAAAGGUAGACGAAAUGAAAAGUUUUGCCGAAGACCUGAAAAAAUGUAGAGAAAGAUUAACUAAAACCAAGUUUAUUAUACCUACCGAUUCCUAUACUCGACUUAAUAAUGUCAUGACUGGCAAACCCAUCUACUUCUUGCCCACACUCGAAGGUAUAUUUUCUUCACUUCAACCAUUGGCUGAUAAACUCAAUCGACCGGUCAUUGGACUCAAUUGGACUAAAGAAAUGAAUAGUUUGAAUGAUAUGAAAGAGAUAAACAAUUAUUACAUGAAUAUUAUGAACACACUCGAGCCUAAAGGCAAUUAUGAUAUAUUUGGUUACUUAUACGGAGCACUUAUAGCCGUAAAAAUGAUACGAAAAGCAUCGAUACGUAAGGCUGUUAUACUCGACACGAUGUCCAACCUUAACAUCACUGAUGAGAUGCUAAACGAAGACUUCUUGUUGGAUAUGAUCGUAACAAUGAUGACUAAAGACAUGCCGGCUGUUGUUAAGUUGAAAAUCAUGAGAGAUAUGUCUACUAAACCAGACUUGCCAUCAAAGUUGGAACAAAUAUCGUCGUCUAUUAAAGAGUUUUGUGGUAAAAGUCUUGUUAGUCGAGACUUGGAUGAGAUUUUGUUGACGUCAUACAAACGCGCAAAACUAUAUCAAACACACCGAUUGAAUAUGAAAAACAAAAUCAAAAAAUUAAAGUUUAAUAUCGGAUCAAAGUUUAUGAAAAUAACGGGAAAAGUUUUGCUCAUUAAAAUGUUUGAUAACUCGUUGGACAACACAAAUGAUGAAACAAUGGAUCAAAUAGAAAACACACACUUUUUACCAGAAAAUGAUACCAAUGAUAAUAUCAAUAUCAAGACAAUAGACUACAAAGAAACCAUUGAUAAUGACUGGGCAACUGAUAAAAUAUGGCCGAAACUAUCAACACAUACCUGUCCAAAAAGUAGUUAUCACACCUACUGUAUACAUACAUUAUAG